AUGUCUUCUCCUCUAGGCUCGUCGCAGACUUCAUCGGAGUCGCCCAUUGACUUCCGCAUUGCAAUCAUUGGUGGUGGCAUAUGUGGCCUAGUACUCGCUCACGGAUUGAACAAAUAUGCUCAUAUCGACUACAAUAUAUAUGAAGCUGCUGAAAGCACUAGCGACAUCGGAGCAGGUAUCAGCUUUGGGGCCAAUGGUCAGAAUGCACUCAAAAUCAUCAAUUCCUCAGCUUUUGCAGCAUUUGAGAAGCACGCUACAAGGAACAAAACAUCUUCAUCGCCAGACGUCUGGUGUAAAUAUGUCAUUGGCAAAGGAGAUGGCGCGGGAAAUGAGAUUUUCACCUUGACGGCUGACGGAGGCUUCCGAUCAUUCCAUCGCUCCAACUUCCUUGGAGAGUUGUUUGAAGCCGUGCCUUCUGAGCGUGUGCAUUUUGGUAAGCAGUGCGUACGUAUUGAGGACAAUGAGGGAAGUCCCGUCAUCAUUCAUUUCAGCGAUGGUACUACUGCCACGGCCGAUGCGAUAAUUGGCGCCGAUGGAAUUCACUCCACCAUCCGGUCUCAGGUAGUUGGAGAGAACACUGGGAAGCCAGAGUAUACCGGAUGUGCAGCCUACCGGGGUCUCAUUGAUAUGGAUCUUGCAAUCAAGACUAUGGGCCCAAACGUGCAGAAUAGCAGGAUUGCUUGCGGCCCAGGUUCUGCAAUAGUCAGCUAUCCCAUUGAAGAUGGGAAAACGCUUAACAUUGUACUCUGUGAUUUUGAAUAUGGAGAAUGGAAUCAUGAAGAUUGGAUUGCACCAGUCGUUUGGGACGAAAUAGAGAAGCGCUUCAGUGGAUGGGAGGACAAUUGCCAGGGUCUCAUUAAGCUUAUGAAGGCGGACAAUCACCAAGCGUGGAGUCUCUGGCAGGUCCCAAGCCUUCCCACCUUUUACAAGGGCCGCGUCGCAUUGAUAGGUGAUUCCGCACACGCUAUGACGCCUUUUGCAGGUCAGGGCGUUGCCCAGGGGCUGGAAGACGUCUUGGUUCUGGAGAAGCUGCUUGGAACACUGACAGACAACGACAAAGCACUGGACAUUGAACGUGUCUUGUCUGCGUAUGAUAAGGUGAGGAGGCCGAGGAGCCAGGAUAUCGUAAAGCUUUCUAGGGAGACUGGACAGCUAUUUGCGUUACAACUGGCCGGUAUCGGAGACGAUAGGGAAGCGAUUGCAAGCCACCAUCUCGGUAAUACGCAGAAGCUGGGGCACCCCAAUCUGCAGAAGCAGAUCCACGAAGCAAUUGGUUGGUCUUCAGCGUCAGAGGCAGACCCCGCGCGUCUUUGCCACCUUGAUCUUGCAACCGGCAAUGUUCCAAAGGAAGACUCAGAUUCUGAGUAA